AAAGCAACCCGGAAAUGGGAGACGGUGUAUCAUUUCAGCGUGUCGAGUUUAGUCCUUGGUCUUAAAAAUGGCCGAAGACGGAAGUGAGACCGCGCCAUCUCGCGUCCUGAGAAUCAGCCAGCUGGAUGCGUUCGAGCUGGACGACGCCCUGGAGCAGCUCGUCUGGACGCAGUUCUCGCGCUGCUUCCAGCAUUUUAAACCGGGCCUGCUGACCCGCGUGGAGCCGGAGCUCAAAGCUCUGCUGCAGCUCCUCGUAUGGAGGUUCACCGUGUAUUCCCAGAGCGCCACCGUGGGCCAGGCGCUCCUCAACAUCCGCUACCACAACACGCUUAUCGCCGGACAGAAAUACAGAUCCCUGAGCAGGAAGCAGAAACUGUGGUACGCUUUGCUCACGGUGGGCGAGAAGUGGUUGAAGGAACGGUCUCACAGCUUGUUUCUCAGCCAUGGAGCGCAGCCGGGCCUCCAGAAAGCACGGCAAGCCCUAGCGUUCCUUAGCAGCGCGGUUAAACUGGCUAGCCUGCUCAACUUCAUGCUCUUUCUCCAAAGCGGGACGUUCCCCACCCUUACGGAGAGGACGCUCGGAGUGAGGCCGGUAUUCGUCCGGGAUCAGGGCGCCCGCGGAAUCAACUUCCAGUACAUGAACCGGGAGCUGCUGUGGCACGGCUUUGCAGAGUUCCUCAUCUUUCUGCUGCCGCUGAUCAACGUGUGGAAGCUGAAGACCCGCGUGUCGGCACUGUUCUCCUCCUCCGAUCAUUCAAGCCAGGAGGCGGAGUCUGCCGGACGCUCAGAGUGCGGGAUUUGCUCUGAGUGGCCCGUCAUGCCGCACCGCAUAGGGUGCAGCCACGUCUUCUGCUACUACUGCAUCAAAAGCCAUACGGCCGCCGACGUCUUCUUUACGUGUCCCAUAUGUGGCGCCGAGGUCUCCGCCGUACAGCCAGUCAAAUUUCAAAUAGAAAUGGCGCACAUGCAGCAAACAUGAUGAUGAUUAUUAUUAUUUAUUACAUAUUUUUUUCAGUAAUUGUUUAUUUGAUUUCUUUUUUUCUUCACAACAAGUCGUCGACGGUAACCAUAUCCUGAACUUGUGUUUGAAUCCCCGGAGACGUCGCUGAUGAAAGACACCAGCUUGUGCCUUUUUGUCGGCAUGAAAUAUGCAAGGAAAGGCCGACGUGAGAGACGAACUCGAUGAUGCUUAGUUUCAAAUUAAAACGAUUUCAGUGGCUAAUUUAUUCCUGCUCAUUAAAGUUUGAUGGGGGACUCGGGUAUCAGAGGUCCACUUUUCCUCUCCAGCGUUUGCAGACGGCGCAAAUGAAUAAACAUCAAAACAGCUUGAGCGCCUGCACGUUUGCGUCCCCGGUGAAGUGUGAAAUUUGCACAAGAUCAAGGAGAGGCCAUGAUGGGAUGGGAUGUGGGAUGCAGGGUGUGUGUGUGUGUGUGAAAGGGGGAGUAUUUUUGGGUGUAUGGAUUGACGGCGUAAUCUCCUUGGCCUUCUUAAGACGCCAGUAAACUGUAACCAACCCUAGUAGGUCUGUGCUUUUUUUUUUUUUUUUUUCCCCUUUAACCCAUACCAUGCACUAAUCCCAAUAAUAACAGCAAAGACGGUUAUUUAUUCUGGCGUUAACCUUCUCCAAUGAGCCAUGCCUCCAGCAAAAUGCACCCAAGUGGGCUCAGGCCUGCUGGAAACUCCCACCUUGUUUUGAUCGCAUGGCCUUAAUUGCUGAUUUCGGAGGCAAUCAAUCACGACUCCGGGCGGGAAGGAGCCCGUGGUCUGUUUUGUGCAUCUUUUGAAAUUAUUCUCCUGAAGUUCCUCGACAAAGAGAGCGCCGAAGUCUUGCUUUGAGCUUGUUAUGCUAAUGCGCGAACGCCAAACACGACACUGCAGCCUUUGUUUUCAUUCAGGAUUAAAAGAUUUCCACUGAAAUGUCUUCUCCCAUCAUUUCCAAACACAUCCACCAAAAAAAAAAAAACUCGUAGGGAAUAAAUAAAAUAAAAAUAAAAAAGAAUAAUAAAAAAAGUGAUAUACAGUAUAUUCUUACUGCAGGUUUGUCUCAGCAACGCACGCGGCUAUGUUUUAACAAACGGGAAAGGUUUGACUGUAACGCGCGCUCGUCGCUGCGUACAUUACGUUAAUGCGCAUUUAUGCAGCCCGGACGUGAAAGGAUUACUGUAAUUCAACACUCAUAAUGAUGAAUCACAAAUGUCUUUGACAUUUCGCUUUCUUUUCAGCGCAGGAUGUACACAUGCCGCUUGACUUCCUUCCUCUUUUUUUUUCUUUUCUUCCUUCCUCUUUCUUUUUAUUUUCUCUCGGAUACUUGUAUAAUACCUGAUUACACAAUGAUAGCUCUUUUUAAGUUGGGUAAGUGUGUGUUGUGUGGGUGAGGAUCCUGCAGGUGAGACUGGGAGAAGUAGUGAGUAAGACAUGGGGGCGUCAGAACUCAGGAUAAAUCCGUGCAGAUCGGCUUUUAUUCGUGCACAUUUUUGUUUUAAAAUUUAAUGCCCUGUUGGGGCAAAAAAAGUUUCUUGUCAGUUCUUUAGGUUCUCAAAGUAGCUUUCUAAGUUUAAUGGCACUGUUGAAAAUCCUAACCUUCCCACACCAAAG